AUGCGGUUGGCGGCAUACGCUGGGGUCUCGGUGACCCUGGCCGCCGGAGUUGUCUUGAAGGCACUGCAUCAGAGGUCCAACUUCUAUGCAGCCGCUGUGUAUCUGUCCCAGAGUAGUGCCAACCUCAUGAUAUUAACGAAUCUCUUUCUUGUCGCAUCGGGAUUCUUUCUCUACGGACUUCAGCGACUUCUAUACGGACCCCUCCGACCCAUCGAGACCGAACAGCUGUACGAAAAGGCCUGGUUCGCUGUGACGGAAACAUGCCUUGCCAUGACCAUCUUCAGAGGCGAGCUAGGCGUGUGGUUUUUGGUCAUGUUUGUUUGUUUGCUGAUUGGCAAGGUUUGGGGCUGGAUCGGUGAAGGCCGGGUUGAGAUUCUCGAUCAGCAGCCUCCGGCCAACCCGCGUUUGUUCCACGCACGCCUGGCAUCAUCGCUGAUCUUAUCGGUCGUGUUUGACGCGUUGAUGCUGGACUAUGCAGUCAAAACUGUUUUGGACCAGGCUCGCGCUGAUAUGAUGGUCAUGUUUGGCUUUGAGUUUGCGAUCCUUACUAUACUGUCGACGUCGACACUAGCUCGAUACGGUAUAUCGCUCGUGGAAUUGUACGUCAACCACCGCCAAAAGAAAGCCAAGCUGGAAGAGCGUCGAGCGGAGUUGAGGUCUGCAAGAGAACAAGCUAUCCGGGAGUAUCGUCAAUCAGGAGCCACUGGGCUACCGGAUAACCUUCCCGAUGAGAACGACGUCGACGAAUUAGAGCUCGAUAUCGCCGGUUGGGAAGAAAAGGGUCGCUGGGUGUUUUACCUUGACCUGAUUACCGACUUUUGCAAGUUGGUUGUAUAUUUAACUUUCUUCGCCAUUCUAUUCACGUUUUUCGGCCUUCCGAUCCAUAUUUUGCGCGACGUGGUUGUCACUGUCCGUUCGUUCGGCCGACGGCUCGUUGAUUUUAUGCGAUACCGUACAGCAACAAGGGACAUGAACGAGAGAUACCCGGAUGCCACAGCAGAAGAGAUUGCCCGAGAGGAUGUCUGUAUUAUCUGCCGAGAAGACAUGGUCCCUUGGCAACAACCCGUUCCAGGCAACGCACAACCUGUUCCUGACCGGCUGAGGCCGAAGAAACUUCCAUGUGGCCACAUUCUUCACUUUGCCUGUCUGCGCAGCUGGCUUGAACGGCAGCAGAAUUGCCCAACAUGUCGCCGCCCAGUAGUUGUCUCGCAAAACCAGCCGUAUCGGGCGGACGGUGCGAACAACGACGGUCGCCAGAAUGGCGUCCCUGGCGCUCAACCAGGAGCAAACCAACCAGGAAAUGCUGUUAAUAAUAACAACAACGCUGGUAACGGCCAAGCCCAAGCUCGCGUAUACCAGCUUGGUCCUUUCCGCAUUGGCUUUGGAGCUGGAAGGGGAGACAUGUUCCAAAACCUCCACCAGCAAAUCCAUGGAAACAAUGCAGGUCCAGUGAAUGUCCAGCCUGGAGCUCGGCAGAUUGGGUUUGGUUUUGGCUUUGGCCGACCACAUGCUGUGCCUGCUUUCGCUCAACCACCUCAGAACAACUUGUCCAACAUUCAGAACCAGUUGGCCCACAUUGAACAACAGAUUGCUCUAGAAUACCAAGGCCUUCGGGCGACUGCAGAACAACUGAAUGUUUUGCGCCUCCUGCAAGCGGACCUCCAGCGACUGCGGGCCGGACAACAGCAAAACCCUGUGCAAACAGACGGAUCUGCACAACCAUCUUCGCAGCCUUCGACAUCGGCUGCCUUUCCACCGCCAUCUAUUUCGGUUCACUCGGUAGCCAAUUCAUUAUCCACUUCAAUUCCUGCUGGUGACAACCGGCUUCCUCAGGGACUGGUUCUGCCUCCGGGAUGGACACUAACGCCUCUGCGGCGUGUGGAACCAUCGUCUAGCAGCUCGAGUGCUGCUCAAGCCCCUACUCCGACAAUUGUGCCUACGUCUAUUGACCCUCAGCUAUUCGAAACCCCUGGCCGUCCCACAGAAGCAACUCAGCCGGGCACAUCUACUGUGAAUACACAAGCUACAGCAUCUUCUCAUGAGAAUCAGAGUGAAACACAUGAAACAUCACAAGACGAAGAACGGGCUCGCCGGGUUUGGCCGCCGCAAUUGUCGGCUAGCCUCAAUGGCCACCUGCAUAGCGAGAAUACAACCUCGGAACCUCCCAUAGAUGGCCCCUCAGAGGGCACGUCAUCAUCCGACAAGGGCAAAGCUCGAGCAGUCACGGUCGAAGAUGCGACUGACGAGGAGGAAGAGGACGAAGACUGA